AUGUCAGAUUCACCACCAAAUUCAAGUAAACCUACAUCACCAACACAAGUGAUAUCGCCACUCUCACUGUCACAGGAGAUCAAUUUUGAAGCGCAACAUCAAGCACAUCAGAAGCAGCAUCAAGAGACUAGAAAUGGUUUGUCGAAUCUAUUGUUACGUGUGCCAAGUCCACCACUGACACCUGGCAUCAUCAGUAGCAGCAACACAAAUAGUAGUGCAAAUAUCAACACCUCCACAACCAUAAACAGUGGUGCAAGUGCUGCCGAGCUUGAUAAUCAACAACAAACUAUAAACGACAAACUAAAGUUAUCAUCUUCAACACCACCAACAACAACCUCUACUACAAAUACAAAAUCUUUAACAUCUUCUUUAAAUUCAUUAGAUAUCAAUAAUAGUAGUAGUAAUCAUAAUAAUAAUAAUAAUAAUAGUAAUACACCAUUUUGUUCGACAUUUGAAUUGUUAGAUAAUAUUACAAAUCAAACAUAUAUUUCAACAACUUCAAAAUCAAGUUUAUCUUUAAAUGUAAAUAAUAAUAGUAAUAGUAAUAAUAAUAGUAAUAGUAGUAGUAGUAGUAGUAAUGGUAGUAGUAGUUUAAAUAUACAUUAUGAUAAUAUUAGAAGACCUUCAACUAUAACAUCUAUAAAGAAAUCUGUACAACAACAACAACAACAGCAACAGCAAAAUGGUGUUGAAACAUCGUCAAUCGAUACAAUGGAUCUGUUGGAUCAAAUCGUUAAUCAAUCUCUGAAUACCUCACCUUAUUCUAUCUCUGCCAAUAUCACACCGGAGAUCACUUCCAUCUCUUCACCGAUCGAAUCAUCUUCUGCCACACCCAUCACCAUCAUCUCACCGACACUAACCAGCGAUAGAUCAACACCACCUCCAAUGACACCCGAUCGUCUUAAAUCAUCAUCUUCAACAACUACAACAACUGCAGCAGCAGCAAAUUCAACAUUGAAUGUCAAUCAUAAUCAUAACAAUGGUAAUAAAGCUGCAGCUGACGCUCAAGAACCAAGAGGAACGCAAACUCACAGAUUCAGAGGUGGUCGAUAUCAAGUCACACAUCGAGACGGAACUGGAGAUAUUCAACCUGAUAGGAAAGAAUCACACUCGAUUCCUCGACGCCAGCAACAAGGAGGUCGCCAACUUCCGACGCGAGAUGGCACACUACCGAUUGGUGUCGCCGCCACCCUCCAACGACUUGACACAGUAUAUCUAUGUGUUGUCCGAGCCGAUGCCUCUGAUCGUGCCACCAAAGAUAACGAUCGUCGUAAUGAUCAUCCCGGGAACCGUUAA